UGGCUAUUAUUAACGUGGAGUUGUGUUUUGACUUGAUGGUCAUAUUGUGAAGUGCUUGGUUCGAAUUUACCGACACCAAGGCUCGCGUUCGCGUCGUAUCGUUUCGUCUGUGGUCUUACAUGUCAUAUAACUAUUUCCAGUCGCGUAUAUUUAACGUGACCAUACCACGCUGCACGUCACAUCAGUAUGUUUAAGGGCUCGAGCAUAGACUGACCCGAAAAUACUGUUAUUUUGUUCAUCGCUCCACGGACAUGUAAAACGAUGGUUAACAGCGAUCGAGUUUUGGCCGAGGAUUUCAGUACUUUAGUACUUAUCUGUUGCUUGAUUAUUGUAGCCGUUGAAGGCCUUUCAAAUACAGAUUCCCCAGGCAAUUGCACAACACAGAACAGUCGAUGCUGCAAACUUGGUCUAAAAGCAGCCCGCCAUCACGCUAUUUCUCCAAUCUACACGUGCUACUAUGAGGCCCUCAUAGCUGGCUUAGAUCACCAGACAUCAGUAGCUUUUAGACUACGAGCUUCAAAAGGAAGACUUCGACAGAUAAAAAACAUUGCUAGAGCUACUGCCUUUCGCCGGCGACUUUCAUUCUGCUAUACCGGAAAACACAAGAAAUGCUUCGAGUCAUGCUGUCUUGCGAAGCGAAAAAAUAAUCAUUCAAAGUUAAAAAAUGCAAGCCACAAGCCGACUUCGACGACAACAAGAAGAACAACUUAGACUGGCAUGUCAACAAUUUGUAUCUUAAUCAAGAGGAUUAUCAUCAUAGCUGCGGAUAAAAGUCGCCAAACAAAAACAUAAUCUACAUUUGAGACUCAGUGUCUUUUGUAAAUUACCUGCCUUUGGCAAAUCUUCAAAUAAAUACAUAAAUAAAUAAACAAACAAACGAA